CACUGAUUGGCAUUGAUAGGUGGCACUGACUGGCACUGAUGGGUGACAUUGAAAGGCAGCUCAGAUGGGCACUGAUAUGUGGCAUUGAUGUGCACUGGUAUGCACUGAUAUGUGGCAUUGAUGUGGCACUGAUGGGCACUGGCACGUGGCACUGAUGGGCACUGGCACGUGGCACUGAUGAGCACUGACAGGUGGCACUUCUGGGGCCACACUGAUCAUCAGGGCACACUGAUCAUCACUGUCAGCGUGACAGCUCGAGAGGAGAGAAAUGCCGAUAACCGGCAUUUCCAUGUUUACAUACAUGUG